GAAGAAUUAAUAAAUAUUAUGCAAUAUUUGCUUCAAAAUUAAUAACAUAAAUGAGUCAAGAUAAAUUAGUUUAUGAAAUUCUGGAACCCAUUUUACAAGAAAUGGAGGAACAACUGAUUAACGAAUUUAAUGAAUCUUUCGAUAGAAUUAAAGGAACAGUUAGCGAAACAAAAAUUAUUGUUCAAAAAUUAAUUAGCCAAAUAUCUUUAACAGAAAUGACAAACGAAAUGAAUAAGAUGGAAGAGAGAUUGAAUGAAACAGUAACUUUUUAUGAAAAGAAAAUUGGAACAAUAUUCAAAAAGAUGAAACUAGCAAACGAACGACGAAAGAAAGCUUCUUUAUCAUCAUUAAAAUACAAAACCGUGGCUGACUAUACAGAAUAUUUUACUAAAUAAACAAUUUAAAUAUAUUUUAAUGCAAAAUUCUAAAAAUGUAAAAAUCAUUAAAAAUAAAUAUCGUUUUAUCUGUGCAAUCAACUGUAAAAAGUAUAGAAUCAUCCGUAAAGAAUUAGCUAUAUUAUCCAAAUUAACCAUAGAAUCAUUCAUACCAGCCAUGUCAAACAAUCAUCCAUGUAAGCCAUAAAAUCAGCCCUAUCAGCCAUACAAUCAUCCAUGUAAGCCAUAAAAUCAGCCCUAUCAGCCAUACAAUCAUCCAUGUAAGCCAUAAAAUCAG